GUUGCUUGAAAAGGUUCUUUUUCAUUAACCAACUCCUUGAUGCAAAGCACGCGGUUUAAGUUAUUUGAAUCUUGAUUGAACUUCAACUUUUCUUGAUUACAUAAUGAUUUUAAUUCCUUUAUAAAGACUUCAAACAAGUGGACACACUCAAGAUUUUUCCUCCACCCCAAAGUACAAUCUUUUCAGUCUCCGGAUAUUUCACAAGUAGACAAUCGGAAACUUACUACACACGUAAUAAAAGUUGUUUGAAUUACCAUUCUCCCACAUAAUGAAUCCAACAUGAAACAAGCAUGUCGAAGGUGGACUCCGGUGGAUAUGGUUACCUUAGAAACUGGGCUCAUACUUGUGAUACAUGUCAGGCAGCGGCCUGCACACUCUAUUGCCACACUGACUCCGCUUACCUCUGUGAUGACUGCGAUAAGCGUAUCCAUGUUGCCAAUCCUAUGGCCCUGUCACACCAGCGUGCGUGGAUUUGCACUGCCUGCAAGAAUGCUGCAGCAGCUGUCACCUGCAGUGCUGAUGCAGCAUCACUUUGCAUCAAUUGUGAUAUUCAAAUACACUCAGUCAAUCCUCUGGCUCGUCGCCAUAGCAGGGUCCCUAUUCCUCCACUCCCUGGUCUAGUAUGUUCAUCCACAAGUGCUCACCUGGAUGAUCAGCUGCCAGGACCUAUGUUUGACACAGAAAAUGAAAUUGCAGCCCCUACAGUAUUGAAUGAGGAAAUUGAUGAAGAUGAAACAGAUCCUUGGUUACUGCUUGGGCCUGAUGGCACUGACAACCAGACCAUGAGUGGAUUUACCUAUAGUGAGCAACUUGAUGAGUACAUGGACGUUGUGGAUACAUGUACCGAGCAUCAGUUCCAAGAACAGUGCAGUGAUCAGCAGCAACUUCUCUUUGUUAAUUAUCCAGACGAUAGCGGAAGUGAUAGUGUUGUUCCAGUUCAAAUUUUUGAGGCAAAGAAGCCACCACAGCAAGAAGAGAAACUAAUGCAGCAGCAGCAAACACACCAGCAGUUACAGAGUAUUUACUUCAAUACAGAACAUAGGGGAUCAAAAACCAAAUUCACUAAUACCCCUUCAAGUAGUCUGAGUUUUGUUUGUUUCUUUGUUCCACUGGGAAAUGAUUUUACCUUUACUCACAGUUCAUUAAAUGUUCUUCUUGUUGUAACUGUUGUUGUUGGGCCUUUUCUGAAGUUCUCAGAAUGCAAGACGGUGUCAGAAUUCAGGAUCACAAUAGCUUCUGACUGCUUUUCUAUUUUUACUCCAUCUGCUUCUAGGCUUGAUAAUGUUCUCCCAUAUAAUUUGCUGACACCAUUUUUUCACUAUCAGGUCCCCAUGCUGCUCGCUACUGCUGGCAUUUUACCAAAUGCAACAAGCAACAUUCCAAAUUCAUACACUAGAUUUCCAACAGGGACAAGUGAUCUCUUUCCAGAUCCCUUGCUUCUGAUGCCACUCCAAUUGACACCAGUGAACAGGGAAGAAAAGGUCCUACGAUACAGAGAGAAGAGGAAGGCAAGAAAGUUUGAGAAGAAAAUAAGAUAUGCCUCCAGGAAAGCCUACGCAGAGACUCGACCUCGAGUCAAGGGCAGAUUUGCAAGGAAAACAGCUAUGGAAAUUGAGGGUGAUCAGCUGUUCUCAAAGGAAGACUAUGGCUAUGUGCCUUAUAGUCUUUCCAUGUAG